AUGCCGUUCAUGAUGUCCAUCUGCCGACUGCGGCACCGCAUGGCCGAUCAGGUAGUGUGCAUGUGGAGCACGGGCAUCAGUACGGUGAGUACGAUUGCCGAGAAACCGUUACGUGCCUGGAACGAGUCCUCGCAGAAUCGGAAGGGCGCCGUCCUGCAGCGCUGGCUCGACAACAAUAACAUAACAUACGCGAACACAGUGCAAGAAGCCGAUGGGUGUUUCUUUGAGAGCUUUACCGCGUUGUCAUGGAAACAAGAGAACAGACGGCUCCGUGCUCAGAGUGAGGAUGAGAUCGAGAGCGAAAAACCCCCUCCCGAGGAGUCCGCGGCUGGCAUCAAGCCAAUUACUCACAUCUUUAGCAAGAAAGAGUUUGACUUGCUGUACGUCGAGGUGCUGUAUACUAUCAAGCACAAGCUCGGUACUACCGCCGGGGAACACUCCCCUUACGUCGACGACCUCUACCUGUACGCACGGGAGGCGUUCGGUCUCACGCACGAGGAGCAUUCCCGGCUCCUCUCACGCGCCAGCGAGGAGAAGCCUCCCAUCCUAGUGAUUAACUGCGUGGUUGCAGCGGCAACAGAUUUGGAAGCGAAGGAUCCGAAUGGCUUCAGCGAUCCGUAUUGCAUGCUGGGAGUCGUCCCGGGGAAGGCGAUCGAGGAGAGCGCCAUCUGUGAGCAGCAGGAACAGGAGAGGAGAGAGGCCGAGGAUAAGGAGCAGAAAAAGUCUGGGAUCAAGAGGAUCACGGGCAGCAUCAGGAGCCGUCGCAGCUCAGACCGUGCCAUCGGCGUCGUGCGCGUGGAGCGUCGGGGCUCGGGUAGCGUCUACUUCCUCGGCCGAGUGCGCGUGCUCUCCGGCUCUCUCACCGCAAAACGCGUUUAG